AGGCGAGGAGGCACGUCACUUCCUGUUUCUUUAGGGGAACGUGGCUUUUCCCCGCAGUACCUCGCCUUCCAUCUGCGUUCGUGCUGCGGCGGCCGGAGCUGGAGUCGGAGCCCGAGCGCAGCCUCGCCAUGGAUUCGGCCCUCAGCGACCCGCACAACGGCAGCGCCGAGGCCAGCAGCCCUACCAACGUCUCGACGCGGCCGCCCUCCACGCCCGAGGGCAUCGCGCUGGCCUACGGCAGCCUCCUGCUCAUGGCGCUGCUGCCCAUCUUCUUCGGCGCCCUGCGCUCAGUGCGCUGCGCCCGCGGCAAGAGCUCGUCGGACAUGCCGGAAACCAUCACCAGCCGAGAUGCCGCCCGCUUCCCCAUCAUCGCCAGCUGCACUCUCUUGGGGCUCUACCUCUUCUUCAAAAUAUUCUCCCAGGAGUACAUCAACCUCUUGCUGUCCAUGUAUUUCUUCGUGCUGGGGAUCCUGGCCCUGUCCCACACCAUCAGCCCCUUCAUGAAUAAGUUUUUUCCAGCCAACUUCCCAAACCGCCAGUAUCAGCUGCUCUUCACACAGGGCUCUGGGGAAAACAAGGAAGAGAUCAUCAACUAUGAGUUUGACACUAAGGACCUGGUGUGCCUGGGCCUAAGCAGCGUCGUUGGUGUCUGGUACCUGCUGAGGAAGCACUGGAUUGCCAACAACCUCUUUGGCCUGGCCUUCUCCCUUAAUGGGGUAGAGCUUCUGCACCUGAACAACGUGAGCACUGGCUGCAUCCUGCUUGGCGGACUCUUCAUCUAUGACAUCUUCUGGGUAUUCGGCACCAACGUGAUGGUGACUGUGGCCAAGUCCUUUGAGGCACCAAUCAAAUUGGUGUUCCCCCAGGAUCUGCUGGAGAAGGGCCUUGAAGCGGACAACUUCGCCAUGCUGGGACUUGGAGAUAUCGUCAUUCCAGGGAUUUUCAUUGCCUUGCUGCUUCGUUUUGACAUCAGCUUGAAGAAGAACACCCACACCUACUUCUAUACCAGCUUCGCGGCCUACAUCUUCGGCCUGGGCCUCACCAUCUUCAUCAUGCACAUCUUCAAGCAUGCCCAGCCCGCUCUCCUGUACCUGGUUCCUGCCUGCAUUGGCUUUCCUGUCCUGGUGGCACUGGCCAAGGGAGAAGUGGCAGAGAUGUUCAGCUACGAGUCCUCGGCCGUAAUCCUGCCUCAUACGCCGAGGCUCACUCACUUCCCCACAGUCUCGGGCUCCCCUGCCAGCCUGGCCGACUCCAUGCAGCAGAAGCUGGCUGGCCCUCGUCGCCGGCGCCCGCAGAAUCCCAGCGCCAUGUAGUGCCCAGCGGGUGCCCACCUGCCCGCUCCCCCCACUGUCCUGGGCCUAAGUUACGAGGAGUCAAACCCGAAAGAUCAAGCAACUGGAACUGAAUCCAAAGAGGUGACAACAGAGACGUCAGCAUCGAAGAAGCUAGAGAAGAAGGAGAAGUGAGGCGGCCGCUGCCUGACCCUUGAGGGCCAAAUCGGACAGACGGGACGGCCUGUGGGAUCCCGACAGGACACCUGCAGGAGGCGAGGGUGGCUCCAGGACGGGGAGCGGGCCGCUGCUGCCUGUUUCCCUCUCCCCUUUCUCUGGCUUCCUCUGCUGCUCCUCAUCCCCUGCAGGCCAAGGAAACCCUCUGCUUCUUCUUUUCCCAGGAGCCAGGUGGGAGCCGAACGUGGUUUUUAGAUUUUGUAUUGUGGACUGACUCACAUUAAAAACUCAUCCCAUGGC